GGAACUUGUUAAGCCAGCCCUUUGGGACCCAGUUACAACAGGCAAAUUGCUUGUUUUUCUUCUUCUUCUUCUUUUCUUUUUUCAUUUUUUUUAAAGAUAAACUGAUUUUCUUGGAAAAAAAAAACCCACAAAGAAAAAAAAAAAACAAAAACAAAAAAUAAAAAACGAAACUGUUCUUUAUAUAAAGGCUUGCCCAUUUAAAAAAAUGUGGCUCAUAAGGGUUCAUGAAAUGACUGAAUAUGAGGAUACAUGUUCUGUAGAAAGCAAAUGGGCCUCAUAUACUGCCAAAAAUAGUGUUAGUUUCAUUAAUGUGAAUUUCCAGCAUACAGUAGUUGUAAUGUUAGAAACAAUUGCUGGUCAAGUUCAACUUGUUGCUAUUGUUUUUAAUUUGCACAGGAGUAGUAUCAGAAAUUAGUGUCACUGCUUGUAUCUAGCUGAAUUUUGAACAACAGAACAUUAGUUUUUUAUGUUGGUGCCACCAACUGUAAAUGACAUAAGUUAGUUAUUACAAACCACAGUAAUUAGACUGUUGCAACCAUCUAAAAACCUUUAGGCUUCCAGUCUGUGCUGUUAGUGUUAAGAUGUAAAGUGCAAUCCUAAGCUAACAUUGUCUGUGCAAGCACCAUAGAAACAUUUGCAUAUCUGCAUAUAUCUUACAACUGUACUCUUUACCUCCUUGUGAUAAAGCUUUGUCUACCUGCAAACACAGUCAAAGGCUACAGCUGCAAACCAAAGCCAACUCUAACAAUGGCCAAUAGCUCAACGACAGAAGCAGCCACAUGCUUUGGUCAGCCUUCUGUAACUUUAAUUAGUACAAAGGAACCUUUCCAUGAACUACCUGCUGUUUUCUGAUGACCUCUGGGAUCUUUUCAUUUAGCCCUAUACAAAGAAACAAAUAUGAAAAAAGUCAAUUCAGUCACAGUGUAAUCUUCUGAGGCCAAAAGUCAAUCUAAAUGCAGUGAAGAUUUGCUUUCAUUUAAGACAGAGGUGAAAACAAUGUCUGCAGUGGAAGUUAUGAUAGAAAGCAACACAUGUGGAUCACUGACCAAAAUAAUUAUGUACUUGAUGCAAAUGCAGAUUGCAUAUUGUUAUAUAUAAUGCAUUAUGUUUUAUUUUUUUCCCAUUCAGUCUGUUUUUUUCUGUGGUGAAUACAUGUUGUUAGAAGAUGUCUUGUAUGGUCUUAAUCUUUGUUGUGUACUAUUUUUUAUAGUCUUAAGUUAUAAUAAUAAUAAUAAAAAAAAAAAAAGUAGGAACCAAACAUAAAAGGUCUAGUAAAGCCAAAAAUUAAUUUCAUAUUGAUUUAAAGUGAUCUAGGUGAGUUUUUACACUGAAAGCAAAGAUUAUAGCAAUUGUAGUCCAUGGUAUUUAUUUUCAGUCAAACCAAAGUUACAUAUCUAAUUCUGCCUCUGCUUAUACGGGAUAUUAACACUAACAAUACACUCCCUUUGGAAGACUUGCACAGGCCAAAUUGUUGGAAUGCUGGUUUUCUUGACAACUCCAAACCCAAAAAUAUGAUAAUACGUUAUGGUGUAGUUGAAAAUAGCAUAGUCAGAUGUUUGCUUAAAACCUAGAAACUUUACGUGUUGCUUUUCAUGUGCUGUGCCAAGUCUUGAUAAUACUUUUUCCCCCAACCAAGGGACCUCAUAACCUGAUUAUGGUUAUUGCUUUACAAACAGUUUUUGACAGAAGGUGGCUGCUAGAGCUUAACAUACGUACCAGUUCCAUGUGAUGGUCCUGGUCUUGCAAAGUAAGCUCAUCGUUUAUUCUUUGCUGAAGUCAGCAAAUAGACUUAAAGAUACACACAGUCAUCUAUCACGCCAAAUAAAAGGACAUAACGGCUUUCGAAAGGGUUUUCCCACUUACCCAAAAGGCUUUCUGAAAGCUUCUACCUCUGCAAAAGAAAACAAAAAAAAUAAAAAUAAUAAUAAAAAAAAAGAAAAGAAAACAAAAGAAAUUAGAAUAAUUAUGGCAGAUUGCAUGAAUUGUGAGAACGUCACAGUAACUGCUACUUUUCAUUCUGUUUGUCUUCGGGUCAUGAUCAACAGAAGGUGUACGGUAAUUACAUCGAGAGGAGGAUCCAUCUUGUAAGGGAUUGUUUUCAGUCAGUCAACCGUCUUGAAAUUCUGAUAUAGGGAAUACCUGAAAGGGAAUGAUGGGUGUUCAAGUGCAUGCUCUAAAGACUUUGAUGGACUGGAAUUUGUAAACAUGGUAAUUGUACCAUCAGGAAGGUGGCCUAAGACUACAAUGCUAAAGUAUGCAUACCUCAGUUACAAAACUUUUGAAAGGAAGUCUCAGCCACAGAAUGCAUAUACCUGUAGAGUUUUGCAUGGGUUUUAUAUAAAUACAAUUUAAAGAAAAAAAAAUAGCUGCUUGCACAUUAUACCAGAAAAACCUCCAAAACUGCAAUUGCUUUGAAAAUAGAUUUUAGGUUUUUUGGAGUUUUCUGAGAUGCUUGGUCUGUAUUUUGAUAAUUGUGCAUAUUAUGUAAAAAUGUUGGUGGACCCAUAAAUGACCAGACUUUUUCUAAGAAAAAUGUUGCUUUAAUGCAUUUCAUGAAUUUUUACUCUUAUAUCAUUGCUUGCUAGUAAUAGCAAAUCUGCUUUUCUGCAUCUGCUUUGCGUAGCUAUUGUAAGGCUUUGAACUAAUGUAUGUAUUUAUUGCUUGAACUUCUGUGCAUACCUUAUAAAGCAUAAUGUCUGACAAUUUAAAUGGCUCAUGUAUUCUUGCUUCUAUCAUAAGCUGAGGACGGGGGAUUCUGAUCUUUUGUAUACAGCAAAUUUUAACUGUAGCACAAACAUCUGUUUAUGUAUUGGUGGGAUAUACCUGUUUUAUUUAUCUUUUUUGAGGUAAACUAAUUUUUGAUACUUUUCAUUACUGUGUACUGUGUUCAUACCUUGAAUUCUCUGACGUUAGAAGUCAUGGUUGAGAAUUGUAACAGCUGUUAUUCGUUCUGUAUUCAUGGCUUUCACUGCUGAAUAAAAUAAAGGACCAAACCUAGGAUUUGAAAGAAAA